CCAAGCUAUUGCGGAGAAAAGGAGGACUAGGAAACGAUGGGGAGAGAAGGAACGUAAUGGCUGGGACGCUGACGCCACGUGGCAAAGCGAUCGGGCCCGGUACAUCUUCUUCGCGGGUUAAGCUGGAACGUGCUAACGCGCCUCCUCGCAUUGCGAUUGACCUCGGUACUUCGUCUUGUUCGGUGGCGGUGUGUCAGAAUGGGGUGGUCCGUGUCAUACCGGACUCGUCGGGGAAGCUCUCGACUCCAUCCCUUAUCGCAUUCACGGACAGGAAACGUUUAGUGGGAGGGCAAGCACAGAGUCAGGUGCUGCGUAAACCCGAAAACUUGCUUUACGAGGUGAAACGCCUUAUCGGACGCGAUUACGACUCGAUUACAGAGGAGGAGAAGAAAUGGUGGUCGUUCACCGUCCUUAAGGGAGAAUCCGGCGAGGCGUUGCUGGAAGUGAAGAGUGAAUUACUGUCUUCUUUAAUCAGCAACCGUGGAAAUCAGGUCAGCGCAAGUAGUGAGAGUCAGUUUCAGCACAAAGAGGUCUGCACUUCUGAAGCACAGGAAGCGGGGCCUUGUGUGCAAGAUGAUGGCAAGAGGCGCUUAGCGCCUGAGCAGAUUUUAGGGAUGCUUCUGGCAAAAAUGAAGAGUGAUGCCGAGACGUUUCUCGGGUGCAAAGAGCUGGAGGCGGCAGUCAUUACCGUUCCAGCACUCUACUCCGAUAGGCAGCGAUCAGCGACCAAACUGGCGGCCGAGAUCGCUGGUUUUAAAGAUGUGCAAUUAGUGAGUGAAUCGACAGCGGCUGCUUUGUGCUACGCCGAGCAUGCGGGACUUACCUCCUCAGGCCGCAGCGACGGUGUCGCUGAAGAAUGUCAACUGGGCGAAGAAGAUCAUCCGCGAGGCGUGAAGCUGCUCAUGAUCGCGCUGGGUGGAGGUAACUUUGAAGUUGCCGUCGUUACUAUCGUCGGGGGGUCGCUCACCGUGGACUCCGUGAACGGCAAUCCAAGUCUCGGAGGCAUGGAUUUCGACCACAAAAUGAUGGAACUGAUACUCCAUCGCGUGCGAGAGCAGUUUGGUCCGACUCCGGCGAUAAACGCCAGCACGUUGUGCGGACUGAAGACGGCGAGUGAAAAAGCGAAAGAAGAUCUGAGUACCCUACAGGACGUCCUGGUUGACGUUGAGUUCCUCCUCGGCGGCGAUAACGACAACAAGGUAAGCAUCCGCCGAGCUGAAUUUGAGAAAAGGUGUAAGAGUUUGCUGGACGAGUGCAUGGAUUGCGUCCGUCGACUCUUAAAGGACACGAAGACUAAGAAUAACGAGGUGAGCGACGCUGUGUUUGUCGGUGGGUCAGCACGCAUUCCAAAGGUCUUCCAGAAGUUUAACAAGGUCUUCCACUUGGAGCCAAAGGCGCACCCUUGUCAAGACGAAGCCAUUGUGCGAGGCGCAGCGCUCUUUGCUGUUUGGAGCCAACAGGUUACAGAGACACAUGCGACAAUCAUUGAGUAUUAUGAUCGGAGAGAAAGGACUAACUUCUAUUUUCAACAGCGCAAGAGGCCGGUUAGCCACGUAUUGCCGGCUCUCAGUUUUUGGACGCGUGAUCCACAGGAUGAUCAGAUGUGUCUGGAGUUAUUUGAGCGGAGAGGAGACAAAGGAGAAGUGGUACGAGUUGGCAAAAUAUUUGUGAGAGUAGGGAAGCAUAACGUCAGCCCUCUUCUCCCUCUUCUGACCAUUGACCGAUGCGGGAUGAUGGGCCUUGACGAGGGGCAGAGUUCACUCCCUGCCGUGUUUCAUAAGUCCGGGCAACGAUCUCCGGAUGAGAUCUCUGGUUGGAGGCAGCUUGCCGAGAAGCUCAGUGUGUACGAGCGCAGAGUCGCAGAGAUGAGCAGCGCGAGGAACCAAUGGAAUAUUUACAUCAGCGAAGUGGAGAAGAGGGAGUCUUCGUGCCCGCGCUGGUUGUGGACUACUAUAUUGGAAUGGAAGCGUGAGAUUGAGCGAUGGCUUGCAAUGGAGGCAGGGAGUGGUCGUGUGGGGAUCGAGCAAUUCACCGCGCGGUUUAGCGGCUUCCAAAGGGCGUGCCAGUAUGCCUUCGGAGAUUUGUGGGCGAGGUCGAUAUCGGGCAAAAGGUUGCUAUUGGUCGAUUGCUGGGAGUCGAACGACGUUGAUGUGUGCCUGCGGAAUCUGGAGAAGGCAACGCUGGAUUUCUGUGACGUGGUCAUCUCCGUGCCGCUCAAGGAUCAUCGCAAGACAAAGGAGCGGAUCAUCGAGGGAAAGGGAAUCGAAUUCGCCGCACACAGCUUUUUGUCCAAUGCUACUCCGGCCACCGUAAAGGAUAACGGAAUCCCUUACGUCGUACUCUCGUCAGGUCCUGUGCGGCUUCCCGGCGAUGGUGAUGUUCUUUGCUUGGAAUGGAACAAGCUUGUUGGUAUGCUGGUAUCGCGAGCAGUGCAAGUUGGUCUUCAGGUCGUGCUGUGCCUCGAACAAGAUGGUUAUCGAGACGAGCCGAGCAGCUCCUUGCCUUAUGCUGUCGACGACGAGAAUCGUCGCUGUGAAGCGCAGCUCAAGGCCCUUCUACAAUCUAUCGGCCCGUCGAACUGGCGAAACAUAACUAUAGCAUAUCUCCCUCCACCUAAUUUGUGUUGGGCAAAGGAAUUGCCUAGAAAGGAAGCCGCUAACCCGCAGCAGAGUGGCGUACUUCCACGGAAGAAUGACGUACUCGACACGGUACUUCCGCAAAGGAAUGAAGUACUCGACACGGUACUUCCACGGAAGAAUGACGUACUCGACACGGUACUUCCACGGAAGAAUGACGUACUCGACACGGUUCGGCACAUACGAAAGGUGAUCGGCGACUUUGUGAGUGCGGAAGCUGCCAAGACAACGCGCAUACUCACUGGUGGAGGCGCGGCUCUGGAGCUGUGGAAUGUCCUAAUGGAGCAGGAUGAGAUUGACGGCUUUCUUUUGGAAGGUGGGUUUCGUGACUCUCGCCUCCUUAAGAGACUCCAUCAGCCCACUAGAGAGGGGACGAGCAAAGCCUUACUCUGUCGCGCAGCAGAUGGAGAUGCCAUUCUGGACCAGCGUAACAUGGAGUGUAUGCACAACGUCAGCCGGGACCUGAUGGCUGGAGAAGAGGUGGACUGGAUACCCGUGAAGUACAAAGUGACAGAAAUUAAUUUUGGAGUGCAUCGCGAUGAAGGGACUGGUUCCAUUGGGAUGGUUUGGAAGGGAGGUGCGAUUGUUCAGGACGACAACAACAACAAGGGGAAAAACCGGCGGAGGGUGAAGAUCGUCCCUAUUUUUGAGCUAUGGGAUGGAGAGAAGCUACAAGAGGGAAUAGAGAAGCAGCUUUCACCCUGGAGAGAGGAGAUCAAGCGAACUGACGAUGAAGGGGAGAAACUUGUCCUCGAAUACCGGCCUGUAUCGUGUGUGGACAUGGCAGGUAAUCUUCCUGUGGUCAUAGAGACCGCUCACGCCCUCAUCAGAAGGUGGGUUUUGACAAACACCAGCCCCGAGGUGGCACGAGCGGUGCGUAUCGUUUGUUCCUUAGACGGGCUGCCGCCAGAAACGUACAGGGAAAUCACGAGGAAUCCGAAUGUAGAUGGCGCAAGCCUGCGACUUGAUUCCGCGGGAGAUGCACAAGUGUCAGCAGGAAGUGCGCCAGCCAAUGAAUCGCAGCUUGCUGAGAGGCUCACUGUCAGGAGCGCAAGGCACCAAUGGAAGAAGUACAUCGACGAAGUGGAGAAGAAGGAGUCUUCCUGCCAACGCUGGCUGUGGAGUGUUAUAUUGGAACGGAAGCGUGACAUGGAGCGAUGGCUUGGGAGGAAGGAGGUGGAAGGUGGCUGCGUCGAGAGAGAGCAAUUUACCUCCCGGUUUGCUGAAUUCCGGAGGGCGUGCGAAUAUGCAUUCGGAGCCUUGUGGGGAAGGUCGAUGUCGGGAAAGAAGUUCUUGAUUGUUGAUUGUUGGUACUCUAGCGAAAUUAAGCAAUGCCUGCAGAAUCUUGUAGGGAGCAGAGGUCGGGAUCGGGAUCUCUGUGACGUCGUCAUCUCCAUGCCCCUCAAGGAUCUUCGCAAGACAAAGGAGCGUAUUGCGAAAACGGAGGGUAUCAGACUAGCCGUCCUGAGCCUUUCACCCCACGCCACUCCAGAUGCCUUGGCACAAAGUGGCAUUCCGUACGUGCUGCUCAAGGCAGGGCCCGCUGUAAUGGAUUCUGGCGAGAGAGAGCACCUUUGUUCUGGGUGGAACAAGAUUGUUGGUGACCAGGUGUCCCUAGCUUUGCAAGCCGGUCUUCACGUAGUGCUGUGCAUUGGCCGAAAUGAGUGCGACUAUUUGGAAGUCAGCAAUGAGGCUCGGGCUUCCGAAUUGGAGGAGGAGAAGCGCCAUUGCGAAGCGCAAAUCCGGGACAUUGUCAGUCGCGUUGGCAAGGAUUUCCGCAACAUAGCUGUUGCUUACCUUCCUCCAUCGCAUGUGCUACCUGCAGCGACGACGGAAGCCACAAUCGAAGCAGCAGCGACGACGGAAGCCACAAUAGAAGCAGCAGCGACCUUAGCGACAACCGAAGCAGCAACCAAAGCGGCUGAGGCAACAAGCCGGCCGCAGUGGGAUGCAAGCGAGACGGCUCGGCACAUAAGAUGUGUGAUUAAGGAUCUGGUGAGUGCAGAAGCGGCCGAGGAAACACGCAUCCUUAUCGGCAGAUGCGAGGAGGAGGAGUCGUGGGACACCUUCAUAAAUUUGCGGCAUGAAAUAGACGGCUUUCUUCUUGUGGCGGGGCUCCGAGACCCUCUUUUCUUCGACAAACUCGUCCGUAAAGGGGGCCCAAGCGAGAAGAUUCGUCGGGAAAGAAAGGGCAAAGUAUUGCUCUGUGGCCUGCAGGACGAAAAUGCGACCCUCAGUAUGUAUGACGUGAUCUGGCUGAGCGCCAUCACAGAGAAGCUGAUGGGCGCAGAAGAAGUAGUCUGGAUAAAGACGAAGCACAUACCGACUCUGGCAGUGAGUUCAGGAACGAGUAUGAUUACGGAAAUCAACGGCACCUACGCAUUCCUCUGGAAGGGGGGUCAUGUCACAACUGACUACAGCGGAGAGGUGGAAGAGGCACGUAAGGCGAAGAUCUUCCCCAUUUUGGAGUCGCACAACGAUAGCCGUGGACAGGAAGUAGCAGAGGCGCUAUCCCCGCAGCUCUCGGCGUUGUGGAAGGAGCUGGAGGUGAAAAAGGAUAGCGACUGGUCAGGGCUUCUUCUUGAGUACAGGCCUGCAGAUGGUGUGAACAGCGCAGAUUCGCUUCUUGAGGCCGUGGAGAGAGCUCACGCACACAUACGGGGAUGGCUUCUUGAGAACUUCGGUGCAGAGGCAGCGCAGGAGGUGCGGAUCGUAUGCUUUCUCGAAGACGAGCUGGAGUCAGAGACACGUCGCCAAAUCGUCCAUCUGCCCAAUGUAGACGGAGUAAGUCUGCAUCUUCCCGAUAGACGAACAGUCCGUAGAACGGGUCUCGCCGCCUAGAGUCUUCCCCCGAAUAACCCCCGAAUAAAACGUACGGUAAUUA